GGAGGCAUCGUGCCUUUGGUAUUAUAUGUCUGUAAGUUUGGCGGGAUCCUCCUCCGGCUGCGUCACCAGCAGUGCACGCUCUCUCUUCAGCCUCGCGCGGGAAGUAGAAGCAGCUCCCCCCCGGUGACCGGCUGGCGGCCUCUGACCCCGCUGCUGUUGCUGGCCAUCUGGAAGAGGCGGGAAAAUGGCGAAUAAAGAAAUGUUUGAAGAUACUGUUGAGGAACGUGUUAUAAAUGAGGAGUACAAGAUCUGGAAGAAGAAUACUCCGUUCCUCUAUGACCUGGUGAUGACACAUGCCCUGGAGUGGCCAAGUCUUACUGUACAGUGGCUUCCUGAUGUUACUAGACCAGAAGGAAAAGAUUAUGCCUUACAUUGGUUGGUGCUUGGGACUCACACAUCAGAUGAACAAAAUCACCUUGUAGUGGCCAGAGUACAAAUUCCCAAUGAUGAUGCACAGUUUGAUGCCUCUCACUACGACAGUGAGAAAGGAGAGUUUGGUGGCUUUGGUUCUGUUAGUGGCAAAAUUGAAACCGAAAUAAAAAUCAACCAUGAAGGUGAAGUGAAUCGUGCCAGGUACAUGCCUCAGAAUCCAUGUAUCAUUGCAACUAAAACGCCCUCCUCAGAUGUGCUAGUAUUUGAUUAUACAAAGCACCCAUCGAAACCUGACCCUAGUGGAGAAUGUAAUCCUGAUCUUCGUUUGAGAGGUCACCAAAAGGAAGGCUAUGGCCUCUCCUGGAAUUCAAACUUGAGUGGACAUUUGCUAAGUGCAUCAGAUGAUCAUACUGUUUGCUUGUGGGAUAUAAGUGCUGGACCAAAAGAAGGCAAAAUAGUUGAUGCUAAAGCUAUCUUUACUGGGCACUCGGCUGUGGUUGAGGAUGUGGCAUGGCAUCUUUUGCAUGAAUCUUUGUUUGGCUCAGUUGCAGAUGAUCAGAAACUCAUGAUAUGGGACACACGUUCUAAUACCACAUCUAAACCAAGUCAUUCAGUGGAUGCUCACACAGCGGAGGUCAACUGCUUGUCAUUUAACCCAUAUAGUGAGUUUAUCCUGGCGACUGGAUCUGCUGAUAAGACUGUUGCUCUGUGGGAUCUCCGGAAUCUAAAACUGAAACUUCAUUCUUUUGAAUCCCAUAAAGAUGAAAUUUUUCAGGUACACUGGUCUCCUCAUAAUGAAACCAUUCUUGCUUCCAGUGGUACUGAUCGAAGACUCAAUGUUUGGGAUUUGAGUAAAAUUGGUGAGGAACAGUCAGCAGAAGAUGCAGAGGAUGGUCCCCCUGAAUUAUUGUUUAUUCAUGGUGGGCACACUGCAAAGAUCUCCGAUUUCAGCUGGAACCCAAAUGAGCCCUGGGUGAUCUGUUCAGUUUCUGAAGAUAACAUUAUGCAGAUUUGGCAGAUGGCUGAAAACAUUUACAAUGACGAAGAGCCAGACAUACAACCGUCUGAGUUGGAAGCACAGGGAUCCUAGAUCUAGUGAUUUGCGUGGAGAUUUCUCCUUUUUCUUUAAAAUGGCAGAUGUUAACACAUGUUGUGAUGUGGUUGAUAUUCAUUUAAGUUAACUUUUUUAUUAUACUGAAUACAUCACACUGACAGUUCAGUUUCCCUAUCUGUUGUAUUGUAUUGAACAUGUUUGUACUUGAUACAGAGCUUGUUAAAUGGUUGGAAUUUAAAAAAUAAAGCCCCCAUUCUAUAGUUUA